AUGGGUGUUGACAUCAAGUUCUCAGUACUUCUUUCUAUUACUUCUGCCCUCUUUUUGUUUCUGAAUUUCGUUCAAGCUCAAAACCCAGUACCGUUCGAAGCGCAAUGGUCUUCCGCCAGUUUCGGCCCCGAUGGCCCUUGGCAAGCUGUCGAAGUCACACUCGGAGACGACUCUAAGGUUGCACUCUAUCCAGGCCAUAUUUUCCAGUCGUGGAUCAUCAACACCGAGUAUUGCAAACUCAACAACUCCAACGGUUGCUACGCAUCCAAGGCAGGAACUUACAACAACGCUCUGGCUUUGCAAGAUGGCAGCGGCUCUACGUCUGGAAUCGUUUACGAGCCACCCAUAUCCGACUGGAUGGUCGGGAUGGAAUUUGCUGGCAAAUCGCCGAAGUUCUGGGUUGAGGCAAUGCAACUAAAGUCGGGGGCGUCAAACGGUCCUACCCACGAAGUUGCAAACGUCAGUCUGUCCAUACUUGAGGAUCAAAUGCUGGCGUAUCCUGGGGGAAAGUGGUAUCCAGCUUUUGCUGGAUGCCUCGGAAUCGGCGCCCCGAAUACCAUCAAUCAGUCUUUUUCCACUGAUACCUAUCCCGUCAACGCCAGUCUGGUGCCCGGUAUGUUAUGGGCCCAGCAGAAGACACCAUCAAAUUCUUUCAGCAUGCACAUCGGCUCCGUCUUCUCACGUAUGGGAGGUUCUCUUCUGUAUGGCGGAUACGACCGGAAUCGUCUUGUCGGAGACGUCCUCGUGGCAGACAAUGACUUUAUCGACGACCCCAUCACACUGAAGGACAUCAGCAUCGACGUUGUCCAAGGCGCAUCACCUUUCAACUUCACUACUCAAGAUGGUCUCCUCACCUCUGGAAAUAGAUCCAUGGGAAACGGUCUGCGCGUCUCGGUCGACGGCUGUGCUCCUUACAUCACCCUUCCCAAAUCGACCUGCGACAACAUUGCCCUGCAUCUCCCGGUGACCUACGACACAAACCUCGGGUUAUACUUGUGGGACGUUGAUUCCCCUAAAUACAGCCAAAUCGUCUCAUCGGCUUCGGCCUUGUCAUUUACGUUUCUCUCCGAUGCCAACACUAAGCCCCUCACGAUCCGCGUACCCUUCAUCCAUCUCAACUUGACACUCACCGAGCCUCUCGUCGAGUCACCGGCACAAUACUUCCCUUGCUUCACGGGCGGAGCUGGAAGAUACGCUUUGGGCAGAGCAUUCCUACAGGAUGCUUUUCUGGGUGCCAACUGGGGCAAGUCCAAGUGGUGGCUUGGGCAGGCUCCUGGUCCCAACAUCCAACUCUCAUCAAGUAUUUCUCCCAUAUCAGCAGAUGACACGGUGAUCACACCGGGCAACAACAACUGGGAGGAAUCUUGGAAAGGCGCUUGGAAGGUUCUCACCGACGAUGAAGCCAACGGGGCGGCCCCGGUUGAGCCUCCUGUACAGACUGGUCCGGCGUCAGAUGUUAAUCAAGAAACCUCAGCCCCGGAAGGCCUCUCAACCGGAGCAAUAGCUGGAAUAGCUGUCGGCGGGGUGGUUGUUCUGGCACUCAUCGGCUUGGAGAGCCACCACGAUACCAUGACAGCGGUUUACAUUAUGAUCCUCAACUCGAGGCACCAAAGGGACCUGUGGAGGCACAUGGCUCUCCGAUGGUAUCGGACGGGCAGUAUUAUGGACAUUCUAUGCUACACCAUGCCUAGCAAUCCAGGGCUCGUACUAAUCCACCAAAUCUCCAGCUCGUCUUACAGUGCCUCAUUGGCCUCAAGCGCCGUCGACUACCCCGUGGAGCACGGCCGACGCUACCACGCUUUUCGCCCAGGAGCGUAUUUCAUGCCCAACGACGAGCAUGAAAUGGACCGCCUUGAUCUUUCCCAUGCGACGGUGCUCAAGUUGCUCGGGGAACGACUGUAUCUCGCCCCGCUUGAGAAAGACCAUGUGCAAAACAUCUUGGACAUUGGAACGGGUACAGGCAUCUGGGCGAUGGAAAUGGGAGACUUCUUUCCCGAGGCGCAGAUCUACGGGAACGACUUGAGUCCUAUCCAGCCAGAUUGGGUUCCCCCCAAUGUCAAAUUCGAGGUGGACGAUGUUGAGAGUCCUUGGCUUGAUGAUCGAAAGUAUGACUACAUCUUCUGUAGAUUUAUGUUUGGCUCCAUAAAGGACUGGCCGAAUCUAGUGAAAAACAUCUAUGACAACUUGAAUCCUGGCGGCUGGGCCGAGUUUAUCGACAUCAACAGCGAGUAUUACUCGACCGACGGGACUUUGACCGAGGACCAUGCUGCGCGUAAGUGGAACAAGACGCUCUUGGAUGCCAUUGGUACGAUGGGCCGUGAGAUCAGUCCAGGCCCCAAGCUCGAGAGCUGGGUCCGGGACGCCGGAUUUGAGAAAAUAUUUCACAAGAAACAUGUUGUCCCCGUCGGUCCGUGGCCGAAAGAUCCACACUACAAGCAACUGGGUUUGAUGAACGUGAUGCAAGCCCUCAAAGGCCUCGAAGGCUUCACCAUGAGGGUCUUUUGCGGCGUACUGGGUCGUACUCCAGCCGAGGUUAUGGUGGAGCUCGCUGCUGUUCGCAAGGAGCUCAAGACUCUUCACGCUUUCCACGCGCAAUACGAUGUGCACGUGGUUUAUGGGCAAAAGCGAUUGCAAGGCGAGAGUACAUGA